AUGGCACCGCUCGGUGAGGUUCGCAAAUCGACGGCUGCCGUGGUGCGCAGCCAACCCAUUGUUCUUGUCAUAUUUGGCUCAACCUCAACGAUAGCACGGAAUACUCUUCGAACACUGGCAGAGCUCAGUUCGAGAGACGGUAAAGGUUUCCGAGCCUAUCUCGUGGGAAGGAAUGCCGCAGCCACGGAAAACGUUAUAUCUGAAUGCCGAGAUAUUUAUGCGCAAGGCCAAUACAAGUUCAUCAAGGCCAGCGAUCUCUCCUUAAUACAAGACAUUGGUUCAGCAUGUGAAGAGAUUAUCAAGAUUGAAGAAGAGACCCAGGAUCCGCGAAUCGACUACCUCCUGCUCUGCCAAGGAGGGCCUAUCUUCAUUCCUCGAAAAGACACAACGGAGGGCAUCGACGGGACAAUGUCCCUCAUGUACUAUUCUCGUAUGAAGGCAGUCAUGGAGCUUCUCCCGCUGCUCUUGAAGUCGACCCUACCUGCAACCGUGGUUUCGGUAUACGCUGCCGGGUUGGAGGGCAAACUCUACCCCGACGACCUGUCGCUCCGGAAUCUGUCGAAAUAUAGCUACGUGCAGGCGCGAUCACACAUCGUUUACAUGCACACACUAUUCAUGGAGGCCUUGUCUGAAAAGCAUCCAGAGAGUCUCCGUCUGAUACACGCCUUCCCGGGGCUUGUAGUGGGGCCUGGCUUUCAGAACCCGGAGAUUCCUGCAUGGCUGCGAAUCCUGACAAAUUGGGUUGUACUACCCAUCUUCGGGCGGUGGAUUACCACACCGCCCGAUGAGUGCGGCACCAGGAUCCUGUCUCUGGCUUCCAGUCGCUAUCCCCCUCGGCCGGUCGACUGGUCUAGAAAGCUGCCAGAUGUUGUGCCCGGCACCGAUGGAAGGGAGGGUAGUGGCGCGUAUGCAAUUCGCGCAAACGGAGAGGGGAUCGUGAACACAGCUGCUUACAGCAAGUUCAACAAGGAUGAAAUGAAGAUGAAGGUCUGGAAGCACACGUGUGAUGCGCUGGAAAUCGCGGGAUCCGGCAAAGUGUUUACGGAGUGA